ACCAAAUUCCAACCUGCUCAUGCACUAGCAACAAGGCUGUCCACAGUAGCCUUCAAAAUGAUGUCUAUGAACAGCAAGCAGCCUUUCAGCAUGCAUCCUAUGCUGCACGAGCCCAAGUAUGCUUCUCUCCACACUAGCUCGGAAGCCAUCCGCAGAGCCUGCCUCCCAGCACCGCAGCUUCAAAGCAACAUCUUUGCUGGCUUUGAUGAAACUUUACUUAGAGGAGCUGAAGCUUUGGCUGCCGUGGAUAUUGUGUCUCAGAAAACACAUCCAUUCAAACCGGAUGCCACCUACCAUACCAUGAACAGUGUCUCCUGCACUCCAACGUCUUCUACAGUGCAUUUGCAUCACCCUUCUGUUUUAACUACCCACCAUUCUCAUCACCAUCAUCAUCAUCAUCCUCACCAUCAGCCUUCACAGGGCUUAGAUGGGGACCUUCUAGACCACCUCAACCCUGCCCUCACCUUGGGAGGUGUCCCAGGACAAGAUAUUGGAUCAACACCCUCCCAUCAACAUGCUCAUAUGUCUGCCAUCAACCACAUGGCCCACCACACACAGCAAAUGAACAUUUCUCAUAACCAUACCUUGGCAACUCACACAUCAAUUUCGUGCUCGGAAAGUGAAACAGACCCAAGAGAACUUGAAUCAUUUGCAGAAAGGUUCAAACAGAGGAGAAUAAAACUUGGUGUAACACAGGCCGAUGUUGGAUCUGCAUUGGCCAAUUUGAAGAUACCAGGUGUUGGUUGUCUCAGCCAAAGCACAAUUUGCAGGUUUGAGUCCUUAACAUUAUCUCACAACAAUAUGGUGGCCUUAAAGCCCAUUUUGGAAGCUUGGCUUGAGGAGGCAGAGAGAGCGCAAAGGGAGAAAAUGACCAAACCAGAAAUCUUUACUGGGGGAGACAAGAAACGCAAGCGUACUUCCAUUGCUGCCCCAGAAAAAAGAUCACUAGAAGCUUAUUUUGCUGUUCAGCCAAGACCUUCUUCAGAGAAGAUAGCAGCUAUUGCUGAAAAACUAGACUUAAAAAAGAAUGUAGUGCGGGUCUGGUUUUGUAAUCAGAGGCAGAAACAAAAAAGAAUGAAGUUUUCUGCAACAUACUGAAAAGUGGAGCACUGUUUUUGAACUGACUCAUUCAAUGGUUUCAAUCAAAGGGAAUUAAGAUACACUUCAGUAUGCAAAUUUGCCUUCAGUUGUUGGUAAAUAAAUGAGUUGAUAAUGGACUGGGACAUACAGUAAUAGCCACCUGUAAAGCUGUACUGGUGAGUGGAAAGCUUGGGAUAGUGUCUUUGGUUUGGCUUCUAUGAACCAAAAAAGAAAAAUUUCCUUGACUUUACUGAAUUGCAUAAAGAAAAAACAAACAAAAUCAAAACACCCUACAAACAAAAUCAAAAGGAAUGACAGACAAAACUUGAAAGAUCAAUCUGUUUCUCUCAGUUUGAACUACCCUUUUAUAUUUAUUAUUGUAAAUAUUAAUCUGUGAUGAUAUUGCACCAGUGGUUAAAGUUUAAGUUAUUACUAAUUUAAUUUGCUGUACAGCACACACAUUGUUAAUAUAAUUUAAUAAACCUGACACACAUUUACAAAAAUGUUGCUUUACACCUGCAUGGUUGUCUUCACCUUCCUUUCUUAUAAACCCCCAUUGCAUCUGCAAUAACUGUUCUGUCCUGUCUACCUCAUCAUCUGCUAGAAAGCACAUGUUCAGAUUCGUAAACUCUGUUGGAAGCAAACAAGUUCAAGUAGUCAUGACCCUGCAAUUCCACUACAAAGAUGCUUUGACAAUCAAAUGAGUUUGUUCACAUAUACCCCUAGGUUUUCCCUUGAAAUGGAUACGACAGUGUAUGUGAAAAUGCAUAUCAACUAUGACAUUUCAGCACAAUAUCACCAUUUUCGUGUGGGUUAUUUCAAUUUAAUACAGAUAACUGAUGACAUGGGCAAGAGUUUUAAUUUUUAAAGUUUAAAAAUUUUAACUUAUAUGUAAUCAAGUUCACAAUGAAUACUUAAUUAUUUUGGAAAUAUUUAACUUUGCACUUUUCCGACAAGACACACAAUGCUUGGCAUAUGAGGGAUUUCCCAUCUGUUUCUUUCUUUAUUUAAUUUUUUUUAAUGGAGCGUUUAAUUUUCUGUGUGUACUGAAAAGAAAUUUUGUCUCUGUGUAUGCUACA